AUGACAAGCUGGGAACACACUCACAAAGAGUUUCCAAAGGUUCCUACCUUGGAAGAAGUAGAUAAGUCAGACGUGGAAGCCGUGAGAGCAGCACGAGAACAAAACGUUCGAGAGUACUGGAUUAAAGUAAUGGAAAUUCGAUUAGUUCGAAAUCAGCUAAUAAAAUGUUACAAAACCGAGGGAGUUAAUCAUUAUCAGAAUUGUAGAAA